AUGCUCUCUGCAACUGUCUCCCGUGUGCUCUCGUCCACUGUCUCCCGUGUGCUCUCUUCCACUGUCUCCCGUAUGCUCUCUUCCACUGUCUCCCGUGUGCUCUCUUCCACUGUCUCCCGUAUGCUCUCUUCCACUGUCUCCCGUAUGCUCUCUUCCACUGUCUCCCGUAUGCUCUCUUCCACUGUCUCCCGUAUGCUCUCUUCCACUGUCUCCCGUAUGCUCUAUUCAACUGUCUCCCGUGUGCUCUCGUCCACUGUCUCCUGUAUGCUCUCUUCCACCACCCCGCCUACUGUCUCCCUUGAUGUCUUCUCCACCGUCUCUGCCACCAUCUCUUCCACUAGGAAGGAGGAUCUCUGCUGUCCGGUCUGUCAUGAUGUCUUUAGAAAUCCUGUUCUUCUAUCAUGUAGCCACAGCUUCUGUAAAGACUGUCUGCAGAGCUGGUGGAGACAGAAACCAACACAGGAGUGUCCAGUUUGUAAGAGAAGAUCUUCAAGGGAUGAACCACCUGUUAGUCUGGUGUUGAAGAACCUGUGUGAGGCCUUCUUACUGGAGAGAGACCAGAGAGCUUCACAGGCUCUCUGCAGUCUGCACUCUGAGAAACUCAAACUCUUCUGUCUGGACCAUCAGCAGCCAGUGUGUCUCGUCUGUCUGCAUUCAGAAACACACUCCAACCACAGAAUCAGACCCAUCGAUGAAGCUGCACGACAACACAGGAAGGAGCUUCAGGAAACGCUGGCGCCCUUAAAGGAGAAGUUAAAGGUUUUUGAACAAGUUCAAGUGAAGUUUGAUCAGACAGCAAAACACAUGAAGGUCCAAGCCCAAUGCACAGAGACGCAGAUUAAGGAGCAGUUUAAGAAGCUUCACCGGUUUCUAGAAGAGGAAGAGGAGGCCAGGUUGGCUGCACUGAGGGAGGAAGAGGAGCAGAAGAGUCGGAGACUGAAGGAGAAGAUGGAGGCUCUGAGCAGAGAGAUAGCAGCUCUUUCAGACACAGUCAGAGCCACAGAGGAGCAGCUGAGAGCUGGAGAUGUCUCAUUCCUGAUCAACUACAAGGCUGCAGUGGAAAGAGUCCAGCAGCGCCCCCUGCUGGAUGAUCCACAGCUGCUCUCAGGAGCUCUGAUAGAUGAGGCCAAACACCUGGGCAACCUGAGCUUCAACAUCUGGAACAAGAUGAAGGACAUGGUCUCCUACACUCCUGUGAUUCUGGACCCAAACACUGCUAAACCCAACCUCAUCCUGUCUGAAGAUCUGACCAGUGUGAGACGGGGAGAGAGAAAGGAGCUUCCUGAUAAUCCAGAGAGGUUUGAUAAAUGCUGGUUUGUCCUGGGCUCUGAGGGGUUUAACUCAGGGACUCACAGCUGGGAUGUCGAGGUUGGAGACAGUGAACGCUGGUCACUGGGAGUGUUAGCAGAGUCUUUCCAGAGGAAGGGAGACAUAGAGUCUGGAAUAUGGAGAAUAAAGUUCUAUGAAGGUAAAUACUUAGCAUCCUCACUACCAGCUCCACCCACUGUUCUCGUAGUGCAGAAGAAGGUCCAGAGGAUCAGAUUGACUCUGGAUUGGAAAAGAGGAAAGCUGUCGUUCUCUGAUGCUGCUACUGACACACACAUACACACCUUCACACACACUUUCACUGAGAGGAUGUUGCCAUAUAUUGGCAGUCCUUAUAAAAUGAAGAUAUUACCACUGAAUGUGUGUGUGACAGUGUAGCAGAGCAGUUAAAAGAUAAAGUGGACGAUUAGGACAGCAACGUUGCGUAGACCCUAUUGUUUUUGCCAGUAUAUUUCUUCUUUUUCCUAAGAAAUUCAUGUUCCCAUGCCCGAAAACUCACCAAACUUUGCACAAAAGUCCGGUCACAUACCAAAUCAGUCUUAUUUGUGUGCUAAUAGUCCAGAUGGUGGCGCUAAAGCAGCCAUCUAAAAUUCAAUGAAACUGUA